AUGUCUGACCUCAGGAUUCUUUUCCAAAGAACUCUGGUAGCUUUGUUGUGCUUGCUCCUGUCCUUUCCGCCACCAGCCACAGCCUCUCCCCUCUAUGCACCAGCUUUGAACGGGAGCUGUGUCGCGUACGAGAGGAUCGCGCUUCUCUCCAUCAAGGAGAGCCUCUGGGAGCCCAGCAUCAACCUCUCGUCAUGGCAAGGUGAAGAAUGCUGCAACUGGAAAGGUGUCAGGUGCAGCUACAAAACCGGCCACGUCGUCAAGCUCACUCUUCGUGGAAGUGCUCAAGACUGCCUCAGAUACUCUACGUAUAGAGGUGCGAUAAGCCACUCCUUGGUUACUUUGCAGCAACUAAGGUAUCUAGACUUGAGCUGCAAUAACUUCAACUGGACUGAGAUACCGGAGUUCAUUGGUUCUUUCCCAAGCCUGAGAUAUCUCAACCUUUCAUAUAGCUUGUUCUAUGGGAGAGUACCCCCGCAGAUUGGGAAUCUCUCCAAGCUUGCCUACCUGGAUCUCAAACCCCCUAGCUAUAACCUAUUGUACUCAAGUGAUCUUCAGUGGCUCUCACACAUGCCAUCACUGAAGCACCUCGACUUGAGCUAUAUGAACCUUACCAGUGUAGUAGACUGGGUCCAUAGAAUUAACAUGCUUCCGAAUCUUAGCAAGCUUUACCUACAGCAAACUGGCCUAAGAAGCACAAUUUCUGUCCUUGGCCAAUCCAAUCUUACAGCACUCGAGGUGCUUCACAUCUCAUGGAAUAACUUUAACACCACCAUUGCUCCCAAUUGGUUUUGGAACUCAACGUCCCUCACUUCUCUGAACUUGGAAGCUUGUCGCUUUUAUGGCCCUAUUCCGGAAUACAUUGGCAGCAUGGCUUCUCUUGAAGAAGUUAAUUUCGGGGGAAAUAAUCUCAUGUCCACCAUGAUACCAUCAAAUUUCAAAAAUCUAUGCAACCUGAAGAUACUAGAUCUGUCAGCCAGCCACACCUUAGGGGAUAUCUCAGAGUUGAUGGGGCGGUUACCAAACUGUACUUCGAACAAGAUGCAAGUGUUGGACUUGGGUGAAAAUAUGUUAGGUGGGGCCAUGCCCAGUAGUCCAGGACCCCUUCAAAACCUCACCUGCUUGGCCCUGCCUCACAAUAAGCUUACAGGACCUAUUCCGAAAUGGAUAUGGUCACUCACCGAAUUGCUUGUUUUGGAUUUAGAAGUCAACCAACUAAAUGGUGUGGUCACUGAAGAUCACCUAAAAAGCCUCAGAAAUUUGAAGAUCUUAAUUUUGGGCAAGACACUUCUUCAGAUCAAGGUCAGUCCGAAUUGGAUUCCUCCAUUCAAUCUGCAAGUGCUUCUCUUAGAGGGUUUGAACCUAGGGCCGGAAUUCCCGUCAUGGAUUAGAUCACAGGCAGACCUUCAGAUCCUUAUGAUUGCAAAUGCAAGCAUAACUACAGUCCCAGAUUGGUUUUGGGAAGCAUUUUCAAGGGCAGAAGUGGUGGAUCUGUCCAAAAAUCAGAUAACUGGCACACUACCAGCAACAAUGGAAUUUAUGGCAGCAGAAAUAAUGGAUCUCUCCAAUAACAGAUUUACCGGUGCAGUUCCAAAAUUUCCAAGAAAUAUUAAAGGCAUGUACUUAUCCGUGAACUCUUUAUCAGGGACAUUGCCAUCAGAUUUUAGAGCCCCAUUGUUGCAGUAUCUUAGUAUUUAUAACAAUUCAAUAUCAGGCCCCAUUCCAUCUUCAUUAUGCUCAUUGACACAAUUGACUCUGCUAGACCUAUCAGGGAACAAGCUGACAGGAGAAGUUCCAAGUUGCGAAGAGGAUUCUAACCCACCCACGCAUAAUCUUAAUGUGGUAAAUUUGCAUACCAACAACCUCUCAGGGGAGUUCCCAAGAGUCUUUCGAAGGUGCCCCAAUCUUGUUUUACUUGAUCUUUCAUAUAACAAAUUGUCUGGAGACCUACCUGUCUGGAUGGGGGAAAAUUUACCGUACUUAGCAUUGUUACGUCUGCGGUACAAUAUGUUUACUGGCCAAAUUCCUGUUGAAAUCGGAAAGAUUAGAGAGCUACAGUUUUUAGAUCUUGCACACAACAACUUCUCAGGAAGUGUGCCAGACUCAUUAGUUAACUUGAGUGCAAUGGCCCACACUUCUGGGGAUAGUGAUGUUCUUUAUACUGUCAUUAGUAAUAGACAAGUGUUUCAUGUGUACAACUCAUAUGAUGGCUAUAUUUCCUUUGGGGAAACAUUAUCUGUUCUUACAAAAGGGCAAGAACUUGUAUUUUUAUCUCAAAUCCCAUACAUGGUGGUUCUUGAUUUGUCGUGCAACAAUUUCACUGGAGCGAUCCCUCAAGAUAUUGGUGCUCUAAUUGGAUUAAGAAGUCUGAACUUUUCAUGGAACAACUUAAGUGGUGCAAUCCCUGAGAAAAUUGGCCAGCUCAAGCAAUUGGAAUCUCUUGACCUGUCAAACAAUGAGCUUUUUGGCGAAAUCCCUUCAAGCAUGACAGACCUUACCUCUUUGAGCCAUAUGAACCUGUCAUACAACAAUCUUUCUGGAAAGAUACCAACGGGAAAUCAAUUCCAGACUUUUGAUGCAUCUGACUACAUUGGAAACAUUGGAUUAUGUGGUUACCCCUUGAUGAACAACUGUACAGGAAAUAGUUCAAGUGGACCUACAGAUGCAGAUCAUGGAGAUGGAUCCGAUGAUAUAUCCCUUUACCUUGGUUUGGCUGUUGGGUAUAUCCUUGGCCUUUGGGUGGUCUUCUGUGCGAUGUUGUUUAAAAAAAGAUGGAGAACUGCUUAUUUCAUAUUUGUGGAAGGGCUGCAGGACAAGAUUUAUGUGGCAGUGGUACUGAGAUGGGCCAAUUUCAAGAGGAAAGUCCGUGAAACUUAA